UAAUUCAUCUCCUGUGUUACGAGUUGUUUUGUACUGCACAAGCUCCUAGAAACGUCACAAACAUGUGACAAUGACGUCACGAACUCUGCUGUUGUAGAAGAAAGAGAAAUUAAAACAGAAGAUAAUAAAUAUAUGAACCUGCUAAUAUGAUUGAAUGAGAUUUGAUCUGAAAUUGUUGUAGGUAAUGAAUUCAUUGACCCAAAAAACCCCAAUUAGUCUUCUUCAAGAACAAUGUGCUCGAUUAGGGAUGACUCCAGAUUACAAAUUAAUGAGUGUAGAAGGAGUGGUGCAUGCACCUGUUUUUAUGUACAGAGUACAAGUAGGAGAUGAAUCAGCCACUGCAACAGGUCAGAGUAAGAAGAAAGCAAAGCAUGCUGCAGCUAAAGCUAUUCUUGAAGUAUUAAGUAUGAAGGGAUUCUUUGGUGAAUUAGGAUUGUAUUCAGAUGGUGUCCCAAUUGAUAUCUCUUCUCUCGGUUCUGAAAAGGAAUCUACCCAAAGCUCAGUAAAUGAAGAUGGAAUACCAGGAAAUCCUGUUGGAAAGUUACAAGAACUGUGUAUGAAACAUCGCUGGCGUCCUCCAUAUUAUGAAACAAAAAAAGAAGAAGGUCUUCCACAUGAAAGAACAUUUGAAAUUGCAUGCUAUGUAAAUGAAUUUACUGAAAUUGGUUGUGGAAAAUCUAAGAGACUGGCUAAACGUCAAGCUGCCCAUAACAUGCUAGAAAAAUUAAAAACAAUGAUUACAGAUAAUGCAGAUCAGCCAGCAGAAGAGUCAAAGCAGAAUGGCAUAUCGUAUCCUGAUGUAACAGAAAUAUAUAAUUUGAAAGAAAAAAAAACUACAACCUCCCUUUCGUCGAACUAUGCUCAAGAAUUAUCUACUUUUUUGAAAGAUUUGAAAUUAAAUACAAAAGAAACGCUUAUAAGUUUGCAGUCAACAAAUCUCAAUGGAAAUAGCUUAGAUUUUGUUCGCAUGCUUGAAAUGAUCUCCGAAGAGCAAGACUUCCCAAUUAAAUAUACCAUAGUUAGUGAUCUUAGUAUUAGUGGAAAAUUUCAAUGCUUGGUAGAAUUGUCUUCCCAUCCUGUUGCAGUAUGUUUUGGAACAGGAAUCUCCAAAGAUGAAGCUAAACAAAAUGCUGCCAAUAAUGCUUUGCAUUAUUUAAAGAUAGUAACCAAAAAAUGACCAAUGGUAUUUCCACAGUGCUAGUUGGCACAUGAGUAAUUAAAUUCCUCAAAAGCUGAAAGUUGAGAUGCCAGUUUUAUCGCGGGCGUAUGUUUCGAGUCCGAUUGGCCAUUCCUGAUUCUGUGCUCUCCUGUUAGAAAACUGCUUCCGUUUUCAGAUUUGUUUUUAAUUUAAUGUUUGAUCAUUGUCAAAAUUAAGAAUGUGGAAAUGAAGACCGAAUCAUAUCUGCAUUCGAUUAUAACGUGUGACAAUACUAGAAACAUUCUUCUUUUAUGUUAAAAAUUUUGUAAACUGGGAGUAUGUAUUAAUAUGUCAUCCUCCAGAGUAAUGCUUAGACAACUGCAACUUUUAUAUUUUUAUUCUCAGACAAACUGAGAUGUAUUUUAUUAGGAAAUCAAAAUUUUGAUUAAAAAUGUUGGCAAUUUAAUUAAUAAAAUCAUCUCAACUCUAAUGGAGUGAUGGUAAUUUUCAAAUACAAUACAUGUCUCAUGUAUACUUAAGACUUUUUGGAGAGCAAAGUAAAGGCAUUACAGUUAGAUUACCAAACUGAAAAAAAAGAAGUGAGUUUUCAUUAAAUUGCAAAAUACAGAAAUUAUUAUUUACUAUAAUAUUACGCUAUUACCAAAAUAUAUGUUUUGAUGCCUCCCCUUUUAGAUAUAAAUUAUUAACUUUUUCAUUAAUUGUAAAGUGUAAAAUAAAUAACACAAUACAAGUAAAGCCUUUAAUAAAAUGCCUUAAUUUCAUAUAAAUUUUAUGCUUUCUCCUUAUGGGAUUUGAUAUUUUUAAUGAAAAUGCAUAAUCUUUAUAUAAUUAAAUCAAUCAAUCUAAUAUUUUGGAAAUUUUUAACAGCCCAUUGUUGUCAUUUAAUAUAAAAUGUAGGAGAUCCUAAAGACAUUAAUGCAUUUCUAGUGACAUAUAAAUGUAUUAUUUGCCAUCCUUUAUCUCCAAAAAUCUGCAUUAUUUCAAUAUAAAAGUUUGAAUUUAACUUUUCCAUAACUUAUUUAAAAUUGUCAUAUACAAAUUUCAGUUGUAAAGUUUGUUGGUUGGUCUGUAAAAAAAUAUAUGUGUGUGUGUGUGUGUGUGUGUAAAUUCUAAGUCUGCAAUUGUGAUGAGAAAUUUCAAAAUGUUAAUGUUUUAAUUUAUGAAAGCCACUAUGCACACAUAUGUACUAUCAAUAAAAAUAGUGUGUACAUACAUAAUUGCUUCUGCCAAUUAAACAUAUGUACAUUCAAUUAUUAUUUUUAGCCUGAAUAUGAAUGUAACAUUAUAGAAUGUAAUCAUAAUGCUUGUUUAAGAAUUAUAGAUCAAGUAAGAAUAAUCUUACUAAAUGUAUAAAAACAAAUUUGAAAUAAAUGGCAGUGCAUGUGGAUGGCUACCUGAAUGAUUGCCAUUUGUUUCAACUUUUUAAGGGUCAAAAAUGGACAUUAUGCUUAUUUUGUAAAACUGAAAAAAUAAAACUGUUUAAUUACAGAUUGAUUAGAUUCCCAUAUUGGUGUUUCUAUAAUUGCCACACUUCCGUAUCUUUCAAUGGAAGUGGGGGUUGUGCACAGAGGCAGGAAUGGCCAAUGCACCUAGGAUACAAUGCAUCUGUUACAAAGAGCAUUAAUUUACAUCAUUGCAGAAUUUUCUGUAGAAUUUUUCUGCAUUUAUCACAUGUGGAUUGGCAUUAAAAUCCAUUAUAAUUGAAGAUAAGCAAGAAAAAACAAUUGUGGUACAAAUUUGCUUAUUAUCCGUAUAAGCGAUAGAAAGACAGAGUUCUAAUAUUAGGUAAUUAGAAUCUCUUCAAAUGUUUGUUUUUGUUUUUUUUUUUUUAUUGAUAAAUGCACAUUAAUGAAAAUAAAUAAAUAUAAAAGGAAAUUUACAAAUAUUUUCUUAAAUCUUUUAUCAAUGUAAUAAUAAUUUUCACUUGUGGUGUAUAAUGUUUUAGCACAAAUCUUGUGACAAAUAAAAUCAUGUUAGAAUGUUUUUAUUGUCUCUUCAUUCUGUCUAUUUAAACAUUUCAUAUAAAUAUAUUAAAAUUUUAUAUGUAGACAGACUGAUGCCAGAAUAUAAUUUGUUUUGUAGACAAUUUUUUCUAUCUGAAAUAUAAAGAAACCAUAAUGAGAAUAGAAUAGUUUAUUUACUGAUAUGAUAAACAUAAUUUUUUUUCCUUUAUUAAGCUUCCACAUAUAUUCAAUAUCAAAAUUUCUGAUGAUUUAUCACGAUAUGAAAUCUUGGUUUAUCCCUCUACCCAACACAUAAUUCGAUACAAUAUAAAUCAUAUUUCACAAUAUGAGUGCAUUUAUAUAAUCAUCAUAAAAUAAACUUGGCACUUUGUUUUUAUCAAAUUUUUUUUGUAUAUUAGAAAAAAACCUUGUUAUUUUUUAGAUAUAAUUUACAUUAAAAAAAUUGAAGCGUGUCUCAACGUUAAAUUUAAAUUUAUACCGAGGGAGUUGCUACAAAUUAUUUAACAGUCGUCGCCACACGCACAAAAGGCAUAAAAAGUUUUAGGAUCAGAUCCUGUUGAUGCCAAGUCGACGAGCGAGACAGGAAUUAAUUUUCAAUU